AUGGCCCAAUCACUCCCGUUACCACCUCCAGCUCCCGAAGCGACACUGGAACCCGAGCUACAGAUGUGCAGUGUCAGCGAUCCCAUCAAGGCGUCCAAAGCUCUUGAAGCGCUUGUGAACCAACUUAAGAACACAUUUCAUGAUCACUUCUAUCAAAUAUGGCCUAAAAAAUCCGAAUUUGGACCGUGGAACUACUUCCCAAUUGAACUGGCUUGGGAAGUAGCUAAAAAUAUUGACAUCAUCAACAAACCUGAAGAUCUGCGUCGGAUAUUUGCUAGCGAGAUCCUAGAUGGGCAGUUUUUGCGCCUUUUUGCAACGUUGACGGAAUGGAAAGGCCAGGCUGCGUCUGAAAAGUCUAUUGUAGAAGCAGCCACACGUCGAAAAUCAGCCCGCCGCACAGUCACUAAGCCACCUAUGUCAGUCGAAGGGGCCGAACUGGCCAAAUUAAAAGACAUUGCUGAAAAGGAGGCCAACAAGCAAGCAAAGCUCGCUGAAAAGGAAAGUCGCGAGCGUCAGAAGAUCAAAGACGCAGAAGCCAAAACUCUCAAGAAACAAAGAGAAGCUGUUGAAAAAGCUAGGGUCGCGGAAAUCAAGAAACUAGCUCGCGAGGCCCGGCUGUGCGCUCAAGCAGAACAAAAAGCAAAGAAAGCGAUGUCAAAGAAGAGGCCUGGAAGUGAUCAUAUUCAUACUUCUCCUAUCAAGAAAGCAAUAAUUGCAUCGGGCGAGAUCCCGAAAGAAAACCUCAAAUCUACUUCAAAAAUUACUCAAGCCAAUGAUUAUCAUCAAAAAGAUCAUUUUACGCUUCAUCAAGAAAAUCCCCUUCACCCUCUAAAUCUUCAUAAGCACACGAGCUUCCCCAGCGAAAGCGGGACAAUCAACCCGCGACUGAGUCAACUCUGA